UCUGUCUUGACUGUCUGGUCGUGAUGCUUGCCUUGUCUUCUUGGGAUUUUUAGGAGAACUCUCCCGUGACUGCUGUCUCUGUGGUUUUAUAAGUUUCGUAUGUCUACUGAUCGGUUGGUGUGAAACGUGGAUCGAUGACUGUGACAAAAUGGUAGAUCGGCAAAGAGCACUUUUAAUGGUGUUGAUAAUUCUCGUAAUUUAUCCGAACGACAUUUUCGGCGGUGCUUUUCCACCUGAAUUUGCUGGUCCCAUCACGAAUCUAACUGUACCGGUCGGAAGGGACGCAACUCUUACGUGUUUGGUCAAACAUUUGGGGGGUUAUAGGAUUGGAUGGCUGAAGGUGGACACCAAAGCAAUCCAGGCUAUCCACGAGCACGUAAUAACUCACAACACCAGGGUAUCGGUGUCUCACAGUGAUCACACUAUGUGGAACCUUCACAUAAAGAGCGUACAGCCGGAGGACGAGGGAUUAUACAUGUGUCAGAUUAAUACAGACCCCAUGAAGAGUCAGACAGGAAUGUUGUCAAUCGUUGUGCCACCAGACUUCAUUCCCGAGGAGACUUCGAGCGAUGUCAUGGUACGGGAAGGAGGACAGGUGAAGUUAACGUGCCAUGCGAAAGGCGUGCCACCACCCCGCAUAUCGUGGCGCAGAGAAGACGGGAAGAACAUUAUAAUUCGGAAGCCAUUUGCAGGAAGCGCCUUGAACCAGAUGUCUCAUGUGAGCUCAGUGAGCGAGUACCAAGGAGAGGAGCUGAAGCUGACAAAGAUCUCGAGGAACGAAAUGGGGGUUUAUCUCUGUAUAGCCAGCAACAGCGUGCCACCGGCGGUCAGCAAACGUAUUUUUAUCAACGUUCAUUUCUCGCCUGUAAUUCAUGUACCUAAUCAACUGGUAGGCGCUCCUCUGGGUACGGAUGUGGGUCUAGAAUGUUUUGUCGAGGCUUCGCCGAAAUCGAUUAAUUACUGGGUCAAAGAUAAUG